GCAAGUGCCCCGGCAACCCGAGCACCAGCCGUGGCAGCAAAUGCGAUAGCUCAAGCAAACGCAGCCGCAGCCGCAGACGCACCAACACCAGCCGUGCAGCAAACAUUUUAUUUGACAUUGAAGGAAGGCCCUGCCAUUGGCGAUUCCGCUCAGCCCAAGAUAUCUUAUCAUGGAGACAUUCGGGAAGAUACAAGCAGCUGCUUCAUAUCGUUUCCUGGCAAGUAUGCCUCUGGCUGGGAAGCCCUUACGCGGCAGUACCAUGAAGACUCCGUUGCCUGCAUUUUCCUUUGCAACAAAGACGAUGGCCUGGGACAGCAUGCAGAAGAUCCCCGCAAUCCGGGGUUCUGUUACUGCGCACGAAUCUAUGGCAAGCGCGGAUGGAGGGAAUUUGGAUACCUCCGGGUGCUCCAAGGGCCCUUCACUGAUGAACGCCUCAAGGAAGCGGAGCAGGAGGCAGCCACCAUGGGUGCCGUCCUGGUGCGGGCUGACGAAGGCCCGGCGCAGCGCAAGGAAGCGGAGGCGCAAGCGCAGGCUCGUUGGGAAGAGUCCGGGAAGGUGGCUUCCUGGGGGUGCAAAUGGUAUCAGGAAUGGUUUGAGAAGGUUUCCCAGGCCAUCCGCAAGAAGCAAAAGCUGAAGGCCGUGUUCUUUCCUGGCCAAGUGGGGCUUGGGAAGCUGGGUUGCUGUUAA